AUGUUUCUUGCGUUGACCCUGAUGUUGCUCUCUCUUAUAUUGAUGAGAAGCUCGAGAAUGUAUUGGGACAUUUUCAGAAGGAUUUUGAAGGUGGAGUUUCUGCUGAGAAUUUGGUAUGGUGGUUAUGGUUCGUUUUUGUCUAUGUAUCAAAGAUCUCCUCUUUGUAAGAGUCCACCACCACAAGCUCAACACCAGGUGGUGAGUGGAUCUAAAUGCUCAGCUUCAUCGGCUGCACCCCAAGUAUCAGUAUCUGGUUCCACCUCUAAAGCUCUUCCUGCGUCCGAUGUUUUGGUCAAUUUGAAAAAACCUGAUAGCAAACAAAAACCUGUCACUAAACCUUCUUCUUCUUUUUCUGCUCCGGUGAAUCAUAAGACAUUCAGACUCCGUAUAAAAGUUGGUUCAAGUGACCUCUCCUCACCUAAAAACGUUUCAACCUAUGAUAGUAAACAAGGCCUCAAUAUGCCACCAUCAACCUCGCGGGUGAAUUGCCUCUCUGAAGUUGAAGAACGGUUGCUAAAUGGGAUUCAUGAUUCGCCGACCAAAAUUCUUAUGGCUAUGGUGUCGUUCCCUUUGCAUAAAGAUCAGCUUUUAUCACCUCUCUCUGUUGAUCUUAUUCAGUUGGGAAAGAAAGAAAAGAUCAUGACAGAUGCUGGAUAUGUUUAUGUCAACAAGUCAGACUCAAAGCCUGCACUGGAAAAGGUUAGUAAGAGUGAGACAAGGAAUGAAGACCAAAUUUUGAAGUCAGAGCUGCCUGAAGCACAUAAGUCACAAAAAGGUUCAAGCAGGAAUAGUUUGAGAGGCAAGGAUACUGCUGUAAAUAUAAGUAAUACGGCUGUAGUAGAUAAAUAUCAAGAAGAUAUUGGAGGAUCCGAAGAUGUGUGUGAAGGAUUCUUUGGUGAUUCAGGAGAAUCAGAAGAACAAGAGCAAAGUAGCCUGGUUUUUGAAGCUAAGAAAGAAAAGCUUUCAGAAGAAAAUGCAUUUAAGGAGAGUUUAGACAGUGUUCAAAGUGAUGAAGAGGCAUGUAAGCUUCUUCCUUUGGGAGUGGGACCUGAAAGAGAACUUUCUGGGACUUGUAAGAAACCAAAGACUGGAAAAUCACGUUUCUCUUCUGUAGAUCAACCUGGCUCCAACAAAACUCUGGACGGUGUAAAUAAAACUAUGAUCACUCAAGCCUCAGGCCAUAAAGUGAAGGAUAUUGCUAAGGCUUACUCGCAUGAUAGACAUGAAGACAGAAAGAGGAAACAGGAGGAAAACAAAGUAAGUGGAGAUUGUAUGAGAGAAGCUGCAGUAAUGGAGUCAAGUGGAGAGAAAGUUAGAAAGAAAAAGAGGCUUAAGGGUUCAAGUUGUGAUGUAAAAGAGUUGCCUUCCAGUAAUGAAAGUUGUGAUAGGGACAGAGGACGUAGUCAGGAAAAUGGUAGAGAUAGUGAAAUGAUCAAAACUAGUGUCCACGAAGCUAAAGGUUCGCUAGUUGACUCACCAGCUCCUUCAGCCUUAGACCCACGUGAGCUUAAACCAGGAAGAAACUCAGAAGGGGAUGAACACCAUGAUACUGAAUCUAGUGCUGGUGAUACGUUAAAAAGAUGCCGAGAUGGUGAAGGUUAUAGCACUAUGGAUAACCCAGGGACAACAAAGGAGGUUGCACAAAGUUCCAAGGACACUGCUGUUGAAGUAAAGACAAAAGAAAGUAGAAGCAAGAAAAGACCUACUAGAAAAGUGUCUACGGAGAGUAAUAAAGAAGGCUCAAGGGAAUAUCAAGAUCCUGAUACUAAGCUAGAUACAAAUGGUAGUCAUUUUCAUUCUCCACAGAACUCUGAUAGAGCCAAAACUAUUCGUGGGAAGAGCAACCACUUGGAAGUGAUCGCUGAGAAAUUAAAGAAUAAACCAUCUCCACCAGUUGAAGUCUUGGGCCACGGCACUGAGAUAUCAAAUACAAAGGAACACAUGAUGAGAAAUGAUAAUCACAGUUCACUAAACCAAAAGCAGAAUGGAAGUACGCAUAAGGAUGAUGUUGGCUCAAGCCCUUUGAAAAAGGAAUCCACGUGUCAGACUGCCUCCAACUCAAUCAAAGAGGCUACAGAUUUAAAACACAUGGCUGAUCGUCUUAAGAAUGUUGUGUCCAAUCAAGAGAGCACUAGUGUUUACUUUCAGGCAGCGCUUAAAUUUCUUCAUGGUGCUUCUCUUUUGGAGUCCUCUGGUAGCAUUGCCAGAUCCAAUGAUAUUUAUGGCAGCACAUCAAAACUUUGCGAGUUCUGUGCUCAUGAAUAUGAGAAAAAUAAAGAUAUGGGGGCAGCUGCUCUUGCUUAUAAAUGUAUGGAAGUAGCAUAUCUGAGGAUAACUUAUUCCUCCCAUGGAAACAUAAACAGAUACCGGUCUGAGUUGCAAGCAGCUCUGCAAGAGAUUCCUUCAGGUGAAUCUCCUUCCUUUGCUUCUGAUGGUGAAAAUCCAAACCAGACACUGGCAGCAGAGAAGGCUGCCUUGUCCAACACUGUGAGGUCAUCUCCUAGAGUAACCGGAAAUCAUGUUCUCUCUUCAGGAAACAACUCCUCUCUUUCACAGCUUUUGGCAUUUUCACAAAACGUAAGCUAUGCUAUGGAUGCAUCAAGAAAAGCACAGACAGCGUUUGCAAUUGCAAUUGCAAAGGGAAAAUCGUCUGACACUCGAUACAGUAGUAAUGGCAUAGCAUCCAUCAAAAGGGCUCUUGAUUUCGAUUUUCAGGACAUGGAGAAACUGUUGCGUGUGGUGAGGCUUGCAAUGGAAUCCAUUAACAUGUGAUUAUGAGUUAUGAUCCCACCUUGUAAAAGUUUAACAUCACAGAGACCAUACUCACUGCAGAGAAGACAAGGAGGAAGCUGACCGUUGAGUUUUUUGCUUGGAAAAUUGAAGACUGUAUAAACUUAUUUUCACUUAUUAAGUGUAUAGCGUUAGGACCUUUGAGUGUUGUAGCAUAUAGUAUAUACAUAGUAAUAUAGUAUAAGACAACUUUAGGAAAGGGUUAAUGAUAGUCUUCUAAGGACUGGAAGCAAAACAAUUCUGGCUUUGUAGCAAUUGUUUGUUUAGUUAAAAGGGUUUUUUUUUGUUCGUUUCAU